GACCUGUGCGAGUUUGUGGGACCGCACGAGGAAGCGUCCCUGGGUGGGCGCGUACCGUCUGGCUGGCGCGCGGGGCGGCCGAAGGUGAUGGUUGGUGGGAGCAGCUAGCUACGAGCCCGAAGACACUUGUACGCGUGCGGGCAGGGGUGCGCGCUACGCGGCCAGAGUCGGGCGGAGCGGGGGACGGUGGGGAAAAGCGGGAAGAGAGAGGAAUGCGAGGUGGAGGGGCGCGAGGCGCCCUUCGCUCCCUCCCUCUGGAGGAGCUGCCGCCGCUCUUGCGGCCAUUUUGGGUUCGCUUUGCGGAGGGGGAGACGAUCCCAGUCUCGGCUGCGGGACCCGCCUCCCCUCAGUUUGCCCCCCUUAGCCCUCCACCUUUCCCUUCUCCUCUCUCGCAUUUCCGCCAGUCCGCUCACCCUCCGGCCGCCUCCUGACAAGCGGGAGGAAUCCGCCGUGAACCCAGGAGCCUGGCGGCCACCCCCCUUCCCCACUUCCCUGCACUCUCAUCGCUCUCGGCCUGGGCCUCCGACACGAAAAGGAAGAAAAUGAGCUGAUGGAAGAUCUGUUUGACACUGGAAAGAAAAAAAGGAGUGAAGGAGAGGAAGAAAGAGGAAGAAAAGGAGAGAGAACAGAAAUGUUGCUUUAUUCUAAAAAUGGGUUUGAGGAACCACUGGCCAACCUACUAAAUGAACAACAUCAGACAGUGAAGGAGCUAUUUAAACAGCUGAAGAUGAAGAAAUCUUCAGCAAAAGAGCAGCCGGAGGUUAAACUCCAGUGUAAGGAAGUUUAUCAGACUCUGAUUCUGGACCCAGGACAGCGGAAGAGACUCCAGCAGCAGAUGCAGCAGCAUGUUCAGCUCUUGACCCAAAUCCACCUUCUUGCCACCUGCGACCCCAAUCUCAAUCCAGAGGCCAGUACCACCAGGAUAUUUCUUAAAGAGCUGGGAACCUUUGCUCAAAGCUCCAUCGCCCUUCACCAUCAGUACAACCCCAAGUUUCAGACCCUGUUCCAACCCUGUAACUUGAUGGGAGCUAUGCAGCUUAUUGAAGACUUCAACACACAUGUCAGCAUUGACUGCAGCCCUCAUAAAACUGUCAAGGAGACUGCCAAUGAAUUUCCCUGUUUACCAGAGCAAGUGGCUUGGAUCCUGGCCACAAGCAAGGUUUUCAUGUAUCCAGAGUUACUUCCAGUGUGUUCCCUGAAGGCAAAGAAUCCCCAGGGUAAGAUCCUCUUCACCAAGGCUGAGGACAAUUUGUUAGCUUUAGGACUGAAGCAUUUUGAAGGGACUGAGUUUCCUAAUCCUCUAAUCAGCACGUACCUUCUAACCUGCAAGACUGCCCAACAACUGACGGUGAGAAUCAAGAACCUCAACCUGAACAGAGCUCCUGACAACAUCAUUAAAUUUUAUAAGAAGACCAAACAGCUACCAGUCUUAUUAAAAUGCUGUGAAGAGAUCCAGCCACAUCAGUGGAAGCCACCUAUAGAGAGAGAAGAACACCGGCUCCCAUUCUGGUUAAAGGCCAGUCUGCCAUCCAUCCAGGAAGAACUGCGGCACAUGGCUGAUGGUGCUAGAGAGGUAGGAAAUGUGACUGGAACCACAGAGAUCAGCUCAGAUGGAGGCCUAGAGAAAGACAACUCGGAGUUGGGGAGUAAAACUCGGUACCCACUGCUAUUGCCUAAGGGUGUAGUCCUGAAACUGAAGCCGGUUGCCAACUGUUUCCCCAGGAGGACUUGGAGGCAGAGGCGUUCAUCAGUCCCGAAGCCCCUUUUUAUUCAACCCAGCUCCUCUCUCCAGCCUAGCUUCAACCCUGGGAAAACACCAGCCCGAUCAACUCAUUCAGAAGCCCCUUCAAGCAAAAUGAUGGUCUGGAUUCCUCACCUGAUCCAGCCAGCCACUGUUUUACAGACAGUUCCAGGCGUCCCUCCACUGGGGGUGAGUGGAGGUGAUGGUUUUGAGUCUCCUGCAGCACUGCCUGCUAUGCCCCCUGAGGCCAGGACCAGCUUCCCUCUGUCUGAGUCCCAGACUUUGCUCUCUUCUGCCCCUGUGCCCAAGGUAAUGCUGCCCUCCCUUGCCCCUUCUAAGUUUCGAAAGCCAUACGUGAGACGGAGACCCUCAAAAAGAAGGGGAGCCAAGGCCUCUCCCUGUAUGAAACCUGCCCCUGUUAUCCAUCCUGCACCUGUUAUCUUCACUGUUCCUGCUACCACUGUGAAGAUCGUGAGCCUUGGCAGUGGCUGUAACAUGAUCCAGCCUGUCAAUGCAGCUGUGGCCCAGAGUCCCCAGACUAUUCCCAUCACCACCCUCUUGGUCAACCCUACUUCCUUCCCCUGUCCAUUGAACCAGCCGCUUGUGGCCUCCUCUGUCUCACCCUUAAUUGUUUCUGGCAAUUCUGUGAAUCUUCCUAUAUCAUCCACCUCUGAAGAUAAGGCCCAAGUGAAUGUGGACAUUGCUUGUGCUGUGGCUGAUGGGAAAAAUGCCUUUCAGGGCCUAGAACCCAAAUUAGAGCCACAGGAACUAUCCCCUCUCUGUGCUGCUGUUUUCCCCAAAGUAGAACAUAGUCCAAGGCUUCCAACUACAGAUAAAGAGUGCCAAGAAGGAUUGUCAGAGAACAGUGCCUAUCGCUGGACUGUUGUGAAAACAGAGGAAGGAAGACACACUCUGGAGCCACUGCCUCAGGGCAUCCAGGAGUCUCUAAACAACUCUUCCCCUGGGGUUUCAGAGGAAAUUGCCAAGAUGGAACCUGAAGAUGCUUGAGAGGAAAUCAUUGGCUUUCCUUGAGGCAGGAUAACAGAGUCUGGAGACUGGGAGCCUUUACUUCAGCCUCUGAUUGGUUGUACAUAAGGUGUAACCAAUAGGUAACCUCUAAAGGGUACUUAAACCCCGGAAGAUUUUGCAACCCAGGCUACUGAGCAGCUUACUGUAAUCCUGUUCCCAUUCUGUGGAGUAUACUUUUGCUUCAAUAAAUCUGUGCUUUUAUUGCUUCA